AGUAUUCCUCUCCUCAUAUUUUGUUAUGAUCUGGUGGGAAGAUCAGUGUCGUUUUGGUGAAUGUCUCGUGCUACCGAAAAUUUCUUACAUGUGAGAAAUACAUUUCGUAACUACUCGUGGCCGAAGUGACAUUGAUUGAUUGUUGUUGUUGUUUGUUAUUCUUCCAAAUGAUGAAACUAUUCGAAGUGAAUGAAAUAUUUUCGCGAAGAAGACAAACACAGACUUAGUGUUCGACAAGAAAAGUUACGAAAAGAGACGAGAAACACAAAAUAAGGAAAAAAAUAGUGAGAAAUUACGAAAAGAAGAGAGUGGAACCGAACAAAAAACAAAGAAAACGACGAUCAAGGGGCGAACAUAAUCGCUCAUAGGGACGAUUGCAGUAUGCUUAGGAUUUGCGAUAACGAGGUAUUAUGGCCGGAGAAGAGGCUAACGCUGCAAAGCCUCGUCAGCAAAAGGAAUAUGACUAUUUGCUGAAAUUUCUUCUGGUCGGUGACAGCGACGUCGGAAAACAGGAGAUACUUAGUGGCCUCGAGGACGGUGCAUCCGAAUCACCGUUUUGCAGUGGCAGUGCUUACAAAACAACAACUAUUUUGCUAGAUGGCAAAAGAGUUAAAUUACAAUUAUGGGAUACCUCCGGUCAAGGUAGAUUCUGUACGAUAAUAAGAUCGUAUUCGCGUGGAGCUCAGGGUAUUUUAUUAGUCUACGAUAUCACAAACAAAUGGUCUUUCGACGGCAUCAAUCGAUGGCUCAAAGAAGUCGAAGAGCAUGCGCCAGGAGUACCGAAAGUUCUUGUUGGAAAUCGUCUUCAUUUGGCGUUCAAGAGACAAGUGGGAGAACGGGACGCUGAAGCCUAUGCAGCCAAAAAUCGCAUGGCAUUUUUUGAGGUUUCUCCUCUCUGUGAUUUCAAUAUACGAGAAAGUUUUUCUGAACUCUCACGAAUGGCACUUCACAGGAAUGGAAUGGAAAGACUGUUGAGGUCGAACAAAGUACUGAGUCUCCAAGAGUUGGCAUGUCGUGCAAUAGUUGCACGAACGACGGUCUACGGUAUAGACCAGUUGCCGUUGCCGGUGUCGAUAAAAUCGCAUCUCAAGUCAUACGCGAUGACGACAACGUCGCAACUGCGUUAUAACGGAAACCGUUCGCAGAGUUCGAGCAAGAGUUUGGGUUCGCACAAUCGUAAGCUACGUUUCGUGGGUGGCGGUGGUAACAAUGGUAUAACGACACCAGGUAGUUCACCGGGGAGCGUGAACGAUUCGCGCACGAGCUGCGCUGGUCGCAAUUCUUGCGCGAUAUCCUGAGGUCGAAUGAGUCCUGAGGCAAAACGCGAUUCGAAGACCAUUGUUUCUAUGACGCCUUUGCGGAAUCAUCAAGCGUUCUUCCCUUUGUCUCUCUUCGAGUUCGAUCGCGAACACGUUCGUAAUUGUCCAAUCGUGUACGUAGAUAGCAAUAACUUUCGCACUGCGAUUAUAUCGAUAUGAUAAGCGAUCAGCCACAUCGCUCUCGUUUCAUCAAAGAGCAAAAGGCGAAACAAAUGAGAAUAUAUAUAUUCGAAAAAGCAACAAAUAUACAAGAGCAACAGUAAUUACCCGUUGUACGGAGAACAAACGCAAGUACUUAGUUCCGAACACUGAAACCUGUUAACCGUACGAAUACAAUUAGAGCUCCCAAGGGCUUUUUUUCCUCAACGAAAGAAUUACGAAUCAUUUUACCAAAUAUCGAUAAUCGUGAAUGCGUACCUAAUUGUUCUUUAUCGUAAUUCAGUGAAUUAACGUUGCGGAUCUUUUUUUUUACAUAUGUUCACAAUAAUCGUCGUUAUUUCGGUGAUCGUCUACGCCGUUUUCUUCUCUCAUUCGAGCCGUUAUCUCCGAUUACGAAAAUAUUUGUACGGUGAAACUUUAACGAUAUUUAUAUCAAUCGACGCGAACCGUUGAGAUCUUUUGUAAUUAACUCUUCGACGACGAACAAACAAUGGGUUUCACCCGACAUAUUAUUUAUACUGCGUAAACCUCGGUAAACUAUCUUCUAUGUAUAUAAACUAUUCUAUCGGUAAUAACCUAAAUAUUAUAAUUAAAUAUAUAAAGAUAUAUAUUUUACUGUUAAAGUUUUUACGAAUUCGUUUAUUACGACGUCCCGAGUAAAACUCUAACAAUAAUAUAUAUACAUUGUGAGUGAUGCGUGUGUGUGUGUAUGUUUGAAGCAUGAACGAGAGUACAGAAGAGAUGGAAAAAAAGAAUCGAGUGAUUUGAGAUGAAACGAUGGGAUGGCGUUAGAAUGAAAAAUCAGUAAUGAUUUAUCCACAAUACACAAUCAUUUUCGUACCAAAAACCGAAUUGUUGAUUUUUUCUUUAAAAAAUAUAAGUUUUCUUUUUUUCUCUCUUUUUUAUAAUACGAUUCUUAACGAGAUUUUUUGCUCUAACGAUUCUCAUCGCUCUUUGGGAUACGAUUUUUUCAAUGUUAUAUACCGUCCUGAAAAUCGUGCUGUUCGUAAAAUCGUUAAAGGAAAAAAACGCAAAGCUGGCUAUAUUCUUUUUCGUUUUCCAGCCUCCCCGCCCCGAAUAGACCAAAUAAAUCCUACUAUAUAUUUGUACACUGUAAAUAGAUAAAGAUCUGAUCAUUUGAUUUACAAGAUUGGCUCAUUUCAUAUCGCGCGUGUACGAUAAAGAUAAUGAGAAUAAGGAAGGAAAAUCUAAAUGUUGAAUAUCCUCAUAAUUUUUCCAUUCUUUGUGUACGACUUUAGAAAUUCCGAUUAGCAGAGAGAAUAAAAAAUAGGCAAAAAUUCAUUGUAAAUUAUAACGAGGGAAGAAAGUAGCACACACUACAAAGUUUUUCCCACGUGACGACCCCCAAUAUUUUAUACAAACAUAGUCGAACUUCAGUUUGUCGAAGGAAAAUGUGAUUUUCUGGCCAAAUUGAGGUAAUAAAAUUGUGUGAUUUUUCGUGAAAUAUAAUCCUCUGUGUUUUUUCUUACAAAGCAUAGAGAAGGAUGGGAAAUAAGUGAUUUAUCGUACGCGAAAAGGUGCGAGAUACUCGUUGUACCCUGAACAAAUGAAAAGUACACUUGAAAAAUAAAAUUAGAAGCAGCGUCGAAUUCAAGACAGGUCGUCUCCGUUUUGGCAAGUUCAAUUGUUUUUUUUUUUUUUUUUUUUUCACGUUUCUUUAUGAUAUUAAAGAUUGGACAUUCCGUUCAUAAAAAUCCGGAAGGAAAGAUUGAGACAAGAAUAAUAAUAAUAAAAAAAAGCAGCAGGGACGAUGAUAUUUUUGUAAAACAUAUAUUAUAUGGUAUUCGUUGAAAGGAUUAACAAGUUUUUACCGUGUAAGAAAAUCUCAGCCUUCUGAGUAUGGGGAGGAAGGACAUGUGAGCGUGACUGAUAACAAAACAUUAAAAAAUUGCAUCAUUCGAGUAACCCGAAGUGCGAAUAAAAAUUAUCACGAAAUCAUGCUGGUAGAGAAAGUAGAAGACGAAAAACGAAUAACGAAUUGACGAUCUUCGAGAUUGACACUUUACCGAAUUACAAAAAAACAAACGUUUCUUUUUCUGAACCAACGUAUUGCUCGUCAUCGUGUGUGUUACUAAACAAUAAAAACGUGACAACACUGUAGAAGAGAGAAGGCUGAAAACGUGAUUUUCUGCCUGUAUAUAUAUUGCAUCGCGUUACUUACACCUUAUAUCAGAUACUAGAAUAACAAAUUUGUAUGAUAUUAUUAAAAUUAUUAUUGUAAUAUUUAUUUACUCUAAUUACGAAAUUGCUAAACCUCAAUAAAAAUUGUAAUAUCAUUGA